UGAUUCUUAAUGUCACUACCAAAGGAAAAUAGGCUUGAUGAAGAGAAAAGUAAAAUUAUAUUCAAAAACGCACUUCUUCAAUGCAAAGCUGAGUAUAUCAGAGGGAGGAAUAAAUCAUACCAGGAACGAGUCGAUGCGAACCGUAGACAAAUCGAGAAGGAGAGAUAUCGUAAAUUAGCCAAACUUGACGAGAAAGGAGAAGCAGAAAUAAAACAAAAAUAAUUUAGCAGUUCGAAAACAGAUAGAAGAGAAAAUUAAAGAACUUGAGAGAAAGAAUCUCAAAAAAGCUCUUGCUUCUGAACGGGCUUACCAACGUACUAUGGAAGCAAACGAGUUAUUCAAGCUUGACACCAGAAGGAGACUACAUGAAAAGGAUCAAAAAUUGAAAGAAAGGCUGCUCAACUUGAAGCAUAACCGGCACAGAGAGUCAAACCCUGAGCUCCAAGAGCCUGACGACUGUAUGAUUUCCAAUGUGCAGAAAUUAUCCAGUAGGAAUUCGUUGCAAGUCAAAGAGGAAUAUAUCAAACAUGACUUUAAAAAUGAAAUCGAGAAAUUUUUAUAGAAACAAAACCUCAAAAAUCCUGCAGUAGGAUUCUACAGAGGAAAGAUUCCAAGUCAAGCUUGGAUAAUAUCUUCCAAGCUUCGUUAAGCAAGCAUAAGAAAACUCUGAAAGAAAGAUCUAUCGAGAGACUCUACAAAGUUGAAGUUAAAAAGUUUAAGCACAAAAUUCCUGCGCUAGAGUCAUAUUCCAAAGCUAAAAAGGCUGAGGAAGAAGCUGCUCUUUCCUUGAAGACUAUCAGAAAUCUCCAGCGCAAGCUUAACAGUGUCUGUGUCUCAAAAGAUAACAGAGAUACUUUCGGAGGGACUUCUGAGCGGAAGCUUCCCUUCGAGGGCAAGAAAGAAAGUGUUAUGAACAUGCAAGAGUGUGUAAAAAUUGAUAAAAUAGAACAAACUCUUAAGGCCAAAAAUGGAUGCGAAACUGCUAUACAAUACCUAAAACUUAGAGAGACAAAAGAUAAGGAUAUAGCAAUGACACUCGCCAAUAAAGUUCACUGUAACGACCCAAUAUCUUUCAAGAGCAUUGGAAGAGAUGGCUUUGAGUUCCUAUACGAAUCUCAGAUGAAGAACAAUGACAAAGAAUUUGCAAUGGUUGUAGAUCGAAUUAAAUAAGAACAUCCCAAAUACAGAUGUGCAGAAGUACUCUAAAACGAGAAGAAUGAAGUCGAAUGACUUAUUCAGAGAUCAUAAUGAAAAGCCAUACACAAAAGCACCAGAUCAUUUCUAUUAUCAGAACAAGGAGGAUAAGAAUGAAUUCAUUCAAGAAAGCAAUGAAGCAGAAAAGUACAUAGAAGAUCUCAUCACAGAGGAGAGCCAGUAUAGUGAUCCAGGAGCUGAACUUAGUGAUGACCUUGCUGAAGUUAAAAAGAUAAUGAGAAGACACCAAUCAAUGCAACAGCUCAGUAACGAAGAAGGAGAGAAAGAUAUUCUCAAUGCCGUCAAGGUCCUUAAGAAUAGUCCAUAUGGUUCUAAGAUGUCAUUUACUAAACUAUUUAAGAAUAUUCUGAAAGCCACAAGGAAAUAAGAAAGCUUCUGAUAAACGUAAGAAAAAGCCUGAUCACAAAAAGAGAUCGCUUAUUGAAGAUGAUGAAGAGAUGAUGACUAAGUCUCAAAUACAGGAGCUAAGGAAAGCAAAAAUUAUUGAGAAUUUUAUCAGACAGAUUCCUUCCAAUAAAAAAUCAAUAAUCAGGCAGAAGAUUCAGAAAUCUAUUCUUCAUCCGACUACAUGGAUCAGGAUUUUCCUCGAGGAAGAGAAACGAAAGCAUGAGUUCAUUCAAAGACAGGUGGAGAAUAAUAAAUAAGCAGGAAGUGUCCCUUGGAAAGCUUUCUAUGCACCAAGAAAGUAAGCAAAAGAGCGUCAUGAAAAGCCGGAUGGAUAUGAUGAAGAGGUUCGCUCCAUUACUUUCCCAGAGCACCUUGACAAAUAAACUUUUUAAUUCAAAGAAGUCGUUACUUGGGCUUUCAGAUUUCCAUAAAGAUCAUAAUAAGGACACCAGAGACAAAAUGGUAAAACAAUUAGAAGAGCGGCUCAAAAAAGCAGAGGAGAACAAGAAGAAGUUAGAAAAGAUCUCCCUCCAACCCACUAUUAUGCACACCACUACUGUCACAGAAAGGCUGAAGAACUUUAAUAAGAUUCAAGAGGAAGCCUACUCUCAGAAUAAGGCGGAAUAUGAACAGAGGAUUCUUUCAAAGAAAAAGAGGCUAUCAAAUCCUUAUUAA